AUGGUGCUGAGGAGUCAUGAUGCUGGAGGCUCACUGCAAGAAGCUAGUUCACCCCAUUUCUUCCUUCCACUCCACCCAAGAUUCACAGCUGCUGGCACGCCUGAUGUAAUCGAGCGUACGCUGCACUCCGGGACUGGAGCCAUCUCCAAGAGUCAGGAAGGAAGUCCUGCAGGAAUCUGGAUGAGUCCUCUGCGUCGUCUGUCACGUGUCACUGAAAUUCAGGCUGUUUCCAACAAGGAGGAAAUAGAAUUGGCAAAAAGACGAGCUGAGGAGCGGCCAAAUACCGCUACUUUAGCACAAACUCUAGCCACUGCGAUCAACAGCACGAAGGUGAAACGCAAACGGACUGAGGACGUUCCGAAGCGCGAGACGUUGAUCCAGGACUGUAUCGCCAUUCCUAUUUGGCAUGACGAGCAUCCAUGGCUCGAGUUUUUAUUCUUUGCUCUAUAUGAAGCCUGA